AUGGGCGCGGGGAGAGAUAUCUCAAGACUCAGUAUCAACGAACUUUACCACGAAAAGGAGAAUAUCGAAGCGGAGUUAAAGGCGCUUAGUGGGAUUCUUCAGUUUCAUGGAGUAACUAUGGAAACACCCUUGCUCACUUUCGAUGGAUACCCAAGGGAUGACCUUGAUAUUGCUCAGAUUCGCACCACGCGGAGUCGAAUAAUCCACCUCCGUAAUGAUCACAAGGCAGUUAUGUCGAAGCUUGAGCAGGGGGUGCAUGCCUAUUUUGCAGAUAUUAAAGAUCGCGAGGCUCGAGGGGAGAUGUCUGGUAAUGCUCCGAUGCCCGCUGCCGUUUCUGAGCGUACCGACACCGCUUCGGGGCAAAACGACCUGGAAGAAACACCAUUUGUAAGGGUCAAUAGUGUGGCAGAUGGUAGUCCAGCAGCGCAAGCAGGACUGAAGGCUGGUGAUAAGAUUCGAAGUUUUGGGACUGUUAACUGGAUGAACCACGAGAAUCUUAAAAAGAUCUCGGAAGUUGUUACGAAUAGUGAAGGGGUGCCUUUAAUAGUCAAAGUUGUAAGACCUAGUGAACCUGGCCAAAAUGUCACGGAUCUCAUCUUGCAACUCACUCCUCGUCGCGACUGGGGAGGGCGGGGGUUACUGGGGUGCCAUCUAGUUCCGCUAUGA